AUGACGGUCGGCGAUGCGGACUUCGCGAGCUUCUUCUGCAGCAAGCUCGAUCUCAUCGCGGCGCAAUUCCAAUGGACGCAGCUUGCCGUCGACAACACGUACCUCCUCUUCUCCGCCUACCUCGUCUUCGCGAUGCAAAUUGGUUUCGCAAUGCUGUGCGCUGGAACGGUGCGCGCGAAGAACACGAUGAACAUCAUGCUCACCAACGUGCUCGACGCGUGCGUCGGAGGCCUCUCCUUCUACAUCUUCGGCUUCGCCUUCGCGUUCGGCCAAGGAGGGACCAGUAACGCGUUCAUCGGAGCCAACUACUUCGCCAUGUCGGGCCUGCCGGUGUACACGUCGUUCGACGCGCCGGGCAUCAACUACAUCUACGACUACAGCUUCUGGAUGUUCCAGUGGGCCUUCGCCAUCGCGUGCGCGGGCAUCACGUCGGGGUCUAUCGCGGAGCGCACGCAAUUCACGGCGUACCUCGUGUACUCGACGUUCCUCACGGGCUUCGUCUACCCCGUCGUCGCGCAUUGGAUCUGGGCCACGAACGGGUGGCUGUCAGCGUUCAACACGAACAAUCUCUUCCUCGACGUGGGCGCCAUCGACUUCGCGGGCAGCGGCGUGGUGCACAUGGUGGGCGGCGUCGCGGGGAUGUGGGGCGCCCUCAUCGAGGGUCCGCGCCUCGGCCGCUUCGACAAGGGUGGCCGCCCGCUCGAGAUGAAGGGCCACUCGGCCACGCUCGUUGUGCUCGGCUCGUUCCUCCUCUGGUUCGGAUGGUACGGUUUCAACCCCGGGUCGUUCCUGCGCAUCACCAUCCCGUGGACUGACGUGCUGGGUAACUGGUCGUGGGUGGGUCGCACCGCCGUCACCACUACUCUCUCGGGCUGCAUGGCGGCCGUCAACACGCUCAUCGCCAAGAGACUCCUCGCUGGCUGCUGGCACGUGACGGACGUGUGCAACGGUCUCCUUGGGGGGUUCGCGGCCAUCACGGCGGGGUGCUCCGUGGUGGAGCCCUGGGCCGCCAUCCUCUGCGGCUUUGGCGCCAGCUGGACGCUCAUUCUGCUCAACAUGCUCUCCAUGAAGGUCCAGUUCGACGACCCGCUCGAGGCGACCCAACUUCACUUUGGCUGCGGUGCCUGGGGCCUCUUCUUCGUUGGUCUGCUGGCCAAUAAGGACUACUUGAUGCAAGCCUACGCCAAGCCCGCCACCACCCCGUACGGGCUCUUCUAUGGCGGCGGCGGGAAACUUUUGGCGUGCCAGUGCCUUGAGAUUGUCUGCGUGUUCGCGUGGGUGUCGGUGCUCAUGGGCGCGCUCUUUUUCAUUCUGCACUCGCUCAACCUGCUGCGCGUGCCCCCCGAUGAGGAGAUUGCGGGCAUGGAUCUGACCAAGCACGGGGGUUCCGCGUAUAAUGCCGAGGGGCAGGACGGGCAGGGCGUGCAGCUGUUUGGUCCCCCCGAGACCGGCGCUGCGAAGCCCGCGGAGGUUUAA